GAUCUGAUCAGUGCGUUGUGCCGGAACUUCCAAGAAGUCCAAGCAAGCAGUAUGGAAGGACAGAAGGACAACCAGGAUCCACCUCCACGGCCACUGCCUCGCCACCUUUCUGACGCAGAUAGAUUGAGGAAAGUCAUCCAAGAACUUAUGGACACUGAGAAAUCUUAUGUCAAGGACUUGAGCUGCCUCUUUGAGCUAUACUUGGAGCCCCUUCAACAUGAAACCUUCCUUACCCAGGAUGAGAUGGAGUCUUUGUUUGGCAGUCUGCCAGAAAUGCUGGAUUUCCAGAAGGUGUUUUUGGAGACCCUUGAAGAUGGAAUAUCUUCAUCCUCAGAUUUUAAUACGCUGGAAACACCAUCCCAAUUCCGGAAAUUGCUGUUUUCCCUCGGAGGCUCCUUUCUGUAUUAUGCUGAUCACUUUAAGCUGUACAGUGGCUUCUGCGCAAACCACAUCAAAGUUCAGAAAGUUCUUGAGAGAGCCAAAACAGAUAGUGCCUUUAAGGCCUUCCUGGAUGCUCGAAAUCCCACAAAGCAACACUCUUCUACACUGGAGUCGUACCUCAUAAAGCCUGUUCAGAGAGUGCUGAAAUAUCCUCUGCUUUUAAAAGAGCUGGUGUCUCUGACAGACAACGAGAGUGAGGAGCAUUAUCAUUUGACAGAAGCGCUGAAGGCAAUGGAAAAAGUAGCAAGUCACAUCAACGAGAUGCAGAAGAUCUAUGAAGAUUAUGGCACUGUAUUUGACCAGCUGGUUGCAGAUCAAAGUGGAACAGAGAAGGAGGUGACAGAGCUUUCAAUGGGAGAACUUCUGAUGCACUCUACAGUUUCCUGGCUCAAUCCUUUCCCGUCACUGGGCAAAGCAAGAAAAGACCUUGAACUUACAGUGUUUGUUUUUAAGAGGGCUGUAAUACUGGUGUAUAAAGAGAACUACAAGCUGAAAAAGAAAAUGCCUACUAAUGUUCGUGCUGCACAUAAUUAUGGUGACUUGGAUCCAUUUAAAUUUCGUUGGCUGAUUCCUUUAAGUGCUCUUCAGGUUCGACUGGGGAACACUGCAGGAACAGAGAACAGCUGCAUCUGGGAACUGAUUCACACAAAGUCAGAACUAGAAGGCAGGCCAGAAACAAUUUUUCAGUUGUGCAGCAGUGACUGUGAGAACAAGACCAACAUCGUGAAGGUGAUCCGUUCUAUUUUGCGAGAAAAUUUCAGACGUCACAUAAAAUGUGAGCUGCCACUGGAGAAAACAUCUAAAGAUCGCCUUGUCCCACUCAAGAACCGUGUACCUGCGACAGCCAAACUGGGAUCUACGAGGUCCUUGAAGGUACUGAAGAAUUCAUCCAGUAGCGAGUGGAACGGUGACCCGGGGAAAGGCACCUUCCCGGACUCGGAUGAGUGCAGCCUGAGCAGCAGCACGCAGAGCAGCAGCUGCCACACUGCUGACAGCAUCCAGGAGCCCAAAAAUCCAUCUCCCGAUCAGCACGGACCAAGCUGCGCCCCUGACUUCUCUAACGUCCUUGUCAAAGAGUCCGACAUUCUCAGCGAUGAUGAAGACGACGACUACCAGGGACUGAAGAAGGGCAGCCCUACGAAAGACAUUGAAAUACAGUUCCAACGGCUGAAGAUUUCAGAGGAACCAAGCACUGACUCUGAACGAGACCAGGCUGCUGAAAACGAGGAAGGAGACGGCUUCGAGAGAGGAGAGCAGCCAAAGCUGGUGCGUGGCCACUUCUGCCCCGUGAAAAGAAAAGUCAACAGCACAAAGCGUAACAGAGGAACUUUAAUGGCAAUGCAGGAACGUCACCAGUCCCUUGAUAGCCACUCUGAUGCUGCAAACCUGGACCUGAACUCUAUUUUAGAGAGAGAAUUUAGCGUCCAGAGUUUAACGUCUGUAGUUAAUGAGGACUGUUUUUAUGAAGCUGUGGAGAGGCAUGGGAAAUCCUAGCUGUCUAAGCACGACAUUUAAAAUAUUCAUUUGAAGUCCACAUAAAAUUCAACAAACUUAUUUUGCUUUACAACUAGUAAAUUCAUGGAAGCUGCAGGAAAACUACUAUCUGAUUUUGUGCACUAAUACAUUUUUUUUUCCCACAAAAACAGCUGUAAAGGAUUCUUAAGUUAUUUUAAUUUAUUGUGGAUCAAAACUAGAUUACAUUGGCCAAGGUCUGUAAAUUAAUUCAUCCCUUUCAUGCAGUCGAGGUGAUGCGUAGUGCUCUUGGGGAAGGGAGGGGAGGGGAAGGAUGGCCUCAUGAGUUUAGGUAAUGUGGAAAAGGUGCUAGUGAGUGGCAGAGGGGAUUACAACGGGAAGUAGCAUUGCAAAAUGAUUUUUUUCAAUACCUUGGGCAUUUUAUCUCUCUGGUUUUUGUUUUUGCUUUAUUUAAAGCAGAGUUAAGUUAUUUUCAUGUGUUUUAGUGCACAAUAGUGCAGAAAUUUCAUUUUUGUAAGUUUCAGGAUGCUGUUUAUACUUUAUAUAUAUAUGUGUAAAUACAAAAGAACAAAGCUUGGCCUGUAACCUUUUAUUUGGCUGUAUUUUUUAUUUCCUCUACCAGCCUGUACAGUAAAAGACAAAUAAGUGUUGUACUUCGCCAUGUUUUCUACUUUUUAUCAUGCUGCUUUUCUCUAGGUGGAGCUUUAAAUCCCAAAUUCUUUGGUUUUGCAUAAAUGCAAAGAGUAUUAGCAGAC